UUAGUUUUCGAUGGAUGUUUUCCGAGGAGAUCGCCAAUUCUUAUAUUUAUUGCGGUAUCUAACGACUUAAUUAAACCCGGGAGAGUGGAAUAACGUUGUUCGCGAUGUAACGAGUGUUUUCACGUUGAUUACUUAAGCUGCCCUGGUGUCGGUUACCUCGAAAAAUGCUUGUGUUUACAUCCAAGUUUGAAGUGAGCUUCUGUAUUCCUGUCAUAUUAAGCCUAUGGUUCAAGAUCCUCAAAUAGCUCAGGCGCAGAACAGGGGCGAGAUCGGUCGGAGGCCGAGUGCAAGAAACGCCGCGUGAAGGUCCGCCACGUUUGGUUUAGGUUCGACGUGCUCCCAAGGCCUUCAAAACGUCGACUCCGUCGGUGAUCAAGUUAUCCGGGGGUGGGACAGGCGGAAGUGGGGAGCAAGGGUCCCCAGGUCCUGGCCCACCUCCUGCGUCGGCGCCGCCAGGUGCGAAGGUCGACCAUGGAUCGGAGGAGGCAGCGCCCGGACCGGAGGGGGUGUCCGGGUUGGCCCCAGGUGCGGAGACCACCAUGAGCUUCGUCCUCCAGGUGGGCCCCGUGGAGUCCACGGGAUCCGAGUCGUCCUCGGGGUCCCUGGACGCGGGCGAAGUCCCAGCGACCGGCCCGUCAUCGGCGACUUCGGCGAAGACCCUCACCUUGGGCAACGCCGGUCCCAGGACGCCGGGCCUGCAGAGCUCGGCGAGGGGGCUGGUGGCGUCCUCGGGGUCCUCCUCGAUGACCACCAUCGUCAAACCCGUCACCGUGACCUACCCCGUCAACAAGGCCGGUAGGGACGCCCAAAGGGCGACCUCGACGAAUGCCACCCAGGUGCUGACGACGCGGACCGUCGUCUCGCAGAAGCUGCCCGGAUCCGGAUACACGGUGCAGAGCGGCGUGCAGGGGGUGCAGGGUGUCUCCAUCAAGGGCGCCCUUGGCAGCUCCGGCAACCAGAUGAACGCUCAAUUGUAUCCCUUGCAGAACUCCUGUCCGCAGAGCGCCGGCCAGUCGGCGAAGAUGCAGGUGGUCGCCGAUCUGGGCCAGGGUAAGCAGCAGGUGCAGGGUAGCGUACAUCAGAAACUGCAGCAGGCGACGGCGCAGCAGACCCUGGGAGCCGGGGGAUCCGUGGUUAAGACCUUGACGGGUACAACGAGCCUGGCUACCGUGCAGAGGGUGCACCUGAAGGCGCAGAACGUGCAGGGGCAAGGCUUGCAGAAGGGGAAGUCGGGGGCCAACGCAGGAACGCAACCGGCUGGGUCGCGGGUGCCCGUCUCGAGGGUGCAGACGGUCCAGAAGUCGCAGAUCCUUGCUGCCCAGGGCUCUCAGGUCACGAUGAACCAGGUGAUGAACAACGCGAGCAUGCAGCGGGUGCAACACGUAAACGCGAUGCAGAAGGCGCAGUCUGGGAACGGUCUAGGUGGACAGAAAUUGCAGCAGGUAUUCAACAGUCAGAAAUUGCAGCAACAGGUGGGAGGCGGCCCGGGUCAUCCGAACCACAAGAUGCAGCAGCAACAGCAACAACACUCUGGGAACUGUCAGCAGAACCAACCGUCGAUGCAGAAAGUACAAGGGUUGUCUCAGAAGGCGCUGGCCGUCCAGAGGCAGCAAUCCGGGGCGAUUAACAACGUCCAGAAGUCCGGGAACUCUGUAGCCGGUUUACAGAAGUCACAGGUAUCUGGCCAGAUCGUCCAGCAACACCAGAAUCAGGUUCCAUCGCAGCAGGCGCAGAAGAUGCACGUGCCGGUGCAGCUGCAGUCCAGCCAGCAACAGAGGCCUCAGAGCACAUCCGGUCUGCAGAAGUCCCAGGCUUCGGGAACCCUCAACCCCGGAAAGGCGCAGGCAACCAACGUCUGCAAGAGCAACAGCGUGCCCAACAUCGCGAAGUUGCAGCAGAACUCGAACCUAUUGGCCGUUGGCAAGCAACAGGUUGUACAAUCCCAUCAGGUGCAGACUCAGCCGACACCCCAACUGCAGCAACAGUUGAUCUCCCACUCGUUGGGUCAGCAGCAGAUCGUGCAAAAGCAGCAACAGCAGCAGCCUGGAACCCCGCAUUCGCAGGUGCAGCGAAGCCAAAGCGCCAGCAACAUCCCCCAGAAAGUUGCCACCGUGACUUCUGGGCCGAACACUCAGAGGUCUCAGGCCACCGGGAACUCGAAGGCGCAACAGCAACAGCACAUGGUGCUCAGAGUGGGACCCCAGAAAUCCCAGUCUCAGACUUUGGCGCAGGCGAACGUCAAGGUGGCUCAACAGAAGACGGCAAACUCCGUCAAGGCCUCGAAUUCCCAGAACAACGUGGCCCUGCACAGGAACGCGAACUCCCAGCCGAUCAAGAUCGUGCAGCAACAUCAGCAGAACGCGGUUGGGCCGCAGAACACGCAGAAGCAACCCGGAUGCAUCAAGACCAUUCCACCCCAGAAAUCAAACCAGAGGAAUCACUCGCAGAAAGUGGCGGGCAUCAAGACGUCCUUGAACACCAACAUGAACCCCCUGAAGACGCAAGGUCCCGUCGCAGCCUCACAGAAAAGCAGCAUCAAGACGCUUUUACCGCAACAAGCAGGAGGGACCAACAUGCUUGUGCAUAAGAGUCAACCUGUGAAGAUUCAGCAACAGACCGCUCAGCAGAAACAACUCAUCAUGGCCCCUCAGUAUCCCCAGCAGAUAAAACCGCAAACGGGACAAAUCAAGACUUUGUUCCCCGUCGUUGCUGGGGAACCACGAAGAGACAUCGAAAUCAAGAAGGACAUGGAACCUCAUCCCUCAAAAGAAGAAGAGUCUCAGCAGACGCCGCUUUCACCUGUACGCAGGAUGCCACUUCCUUACGAGUGCCUCCAGUUUGUCCUCCAAGACCACAAUUACGGAGCUCCACCACCCCGGACACCACCACCAUCCUCACCACCUCCGCAUCCGAAGCAACAGCCGAUUAACGGUGCUGGAAGCUCCACUACGGUCUCCCAACAUCCCUUCAUAUACAGUCAAGCUGUGAGCAGCAGUAACAUCGAAGAUGACGCAGCCAGCGCCAUCAGCAGCGAACCGGGUCGGGAAGCCGAGCCCGAAGGCGAGGAAACGGAAACCGCCCCUGAAGGCGAAGGAGAUGACGAAGACAGCGUCACCAGGUGUAUCUGUGAUUUCGAGCACGACGACGGAUACAUGAUAUGCUGCGAUCGUUGCCUGGUCUGGCAACACGUGGACUGCAUGGGCAUAGACCGGUCCAACAUUCCCGACGAGUACCUCUGCGAGAUCUGUCGACCCCGUCGAGUCGACCGACAACGAGCUCGGGCUCUUCAGCUUCGCAAACGCGAGGAGCUCCUCAACUCGGACACGUCCUCCGACACCUCUUCGACCAGCUCCGCCGACACCGACGUCGGGGUCAACUCGACUCAGAAGAAGCGGCCUCUUCAGCAACAGGUGCCCCGACGAAAGUCCGACCCCCCGCCUCAGGUGCGCCGGCUGAAUAACAACAACAACAAUAACAACAACGUCGCGAAGCGACCUCGUCGAGAGACCCACCCGAGACAGUCGAGUGCAAUUCGCAAAAAGGAAACCGUCAAGCGGGGCCCUGGAAAGCGGAAAACGAAGAGGAGGAUGAGCCUCGAAGAGAGAGAGGACGAUACUCAGGAUGCCUGGGGCUCCAACAUGGCUCCGCUGAGACAGUGGAUCGAGAGAUACGAGGAGGCCGUCACCAACCACUACAGCCCUGAACUCAGGGCGAGGAUAUCCAGCAUCAAGGUCAACGGGACCCACGGCGAUCUCAGGCAGAGCAACAUGAACGCCGUGGCGACCGGGAAAUGCAGACUGAACGUGCACAGCAACAACCUUAGAUUUCUGGUGGCGACGAUGUACUUGCCCCCCAACACUCCUGUCGUUGAAUUACGCGGAAAGUACAUGCUGAGCACGCAGCACAGGCCGUCGCAUCCUCAGGGACGACAACACGCUCAGAGGCCUGGACCCUUCGUAUUUUUCUACAGGCUCCCACGAGAUGGCACGGAGGUGUGCGUCGACACCAGAACCUACGGGAACGACGCCAGAUUCGUGCGGCGUAGCUGCAAGCCAAACGCCGAGGUGAAGCACUGCAUAGAGAAGGGCACGCUGCACCUGUACAUCGUGACGACCACGGCGAUAGAGAAAAACGCCGAAAUAACGAUCCGUCACGAGCAGCAUGAUCUAAUGUUGUCACCUAAUCCCGGCUCGCCCCUGGUGCCAGUGGUCUGCGCCUGCAACAACCCGAGGGAAUGUCAGAUCACCUCGAUCGGGCAGCUAGGCAGAAGAGGGAGCAACGGCGCCAUCGCCGAAAACGCGGACGGUAGGGAGAGAAGACGGCGAGGCAGGAGGAACACAGCUUGCGAAGACAGCGAUUCCUUGUCGGCGGUGUCGAACACGAGUACCAACCAGACGACACCGACCUCCACCCCGACGCCAACGGCCCCCGCUCCGAAACGAGCGGUGCCAACUGCAAGCAGCAGCAGCAGCAGUAGCACCACGACAACCGCGACGGCUCGACAGGUGCCGAAGGAGGAGCCCCCCGCACCUCAGCCUCAGCCCCAGGUGUCCCCCGCACUAACUCAGCCACCGCCCCAGGAGACGAAGAAGGACAAGAAGAAGAUGACGAGGGAGGAGCGGAAGAUGGAGGCGAUCAUGAAGGCGUUCGAGAGGCUGGAGAAGGCGGAGCAGAGGAAGCAGGAGGUGCAGGCUCGGAACGCGCAGAGGAAGGAAUCCGGGGGCACGCACAGCGACAACGACGAGUCCCACGGGAUCGCUGGACAACCAAGGGGCAAACAGGGAUCCGAGAGGCCGGUCAGACGUAAACGAAGAAAGGGUAGAGCGAGGACGACCAGCAGUUCCCAGUCGCACGGGUCUCGCAGGACCAGGCUCAAUUCGGCGGAUUCGGACAUCUCUUCGGGCGAGGAAAGCGUCUCCAUGCAGUCUCCACCCUUGCCCAACCAGGGCUGCUCCACUGUCCGUUCCCUGCCGUACGAUACCCGGUUGCAGACGCCGACCAAGGAAGAGACCCAACCAGCCUUGCCGGGAACCGCUGGCCAGUCUGGAAUCCCAACGGCGGCUGGCUUGCUUCUAGCCCUGGCGAACUCCAACGCCCCCGGUCCCAACUCGCCGCCUCUUCAGCAACCCACUCCCGUGAAGAGCCCCACCUGCGACAGCGGGGCCAGUAGCAGCUCGCAGAGUUCCACCCCGUCUACUCCAUUGUCAUCGGCGUGUCUCCUGGUGGCUGCUGCUGUCGGACCUCUCGCGCCUGGAUUCAAAUUCCCCAAGACCAAGAAGGUCCUCAUGAACGAGUGGCUCAAGGAGUCGCCUGAUCCUCCCCAGGCUCCGAUGCCUCAGAUUUCCCCGUUGCCGGCUCUACCUCCGGUUUCUCUGACGAAUCCUGUCACUCCUUUGGGAAGAGGGCCUGACUUCAUGUCUCCUACCGACUCCUCCCCCGAGUUCCUGGGCCAGAAUUACGCUGCCAAGAGCCUAGCCACCCUUGUGCAGGCUGCCAACUCGGUGUCUGGGAUCUGUGAUUCACCACCACAGAGGAAACAGACCGCUGCUGCCGCUGCUGCUGCUGCUGCUGGGAACUCGAACAGCUCUGGACCCAGUGGAUCGGCCAAGAAGAGGUGGCUGAGGCAGGCCAUCUCGGAGGAGUGCGACUCGCCGAACAGUAGACCCGAAAGUCCACCAGCUAGCGAGAUGGUGGCUCCCCCGAAGAAGAGGAGGACCGCCAGGGAGAGCCUCUCCUCGGAUAACUAUACACCACCUACCACUCCUACCAUGAUGCUUCCGGAGUCGGCCAACACCGGGAGGCCCUCUCCUCAUCAUGAGGAUGAAUUUGCCGAUCAACCCCAUUCGCCUAUAGAGCAAGGUGCGAUGCAAGGAUACGAGUCCGAACCUAUGAAGGAAGAUGUCAGCUCUGAGUCGGAACCAAUGGAAGCAGACGACAUCGAAGAAAAAAUUAAAAUAGAGAGCACUUCUUCGCGGCAGGAACCACUGUGCAUAAAGGACGAAAAGAUAGACGAAAAGCCAUUAAUUACUUUGAAGCGAGAGCUCCCAUCGCCGAUUAAGGAUGAGGACGAGUUUAAAGAAGAAUUGCCCCUGAAACGACUAAAGGAAAAUGUCAAGAGCGAGCCCUUGGUCAUAAAAGAAGAGAGCGACACGGAAUCCAAGUUAUUCGUGAAAACGGAUGUUCAGGCGCAGGAAACAAAUAGCGAUUCUUUAUACGCCGAAAGGGAGAAAUCGGAGAAGAAAGAAGUCGGGAAAAAGGAGGUAAUCGAGCCAGUCAUCGAGAAGGGCACGGUGGAAAUAGUCGACCAGAACGAACAGGACACGGAAAUGGAAGACUUGAGCUCUCCGAUCGCAGCUAUGGAAUCGGACGCCAUCUUGAAACAGCGAGUCGCCGAGAUGAGACUCGAGUUUGGCGGCAGCAUUGCAGAGAUCGUCAACAUUGCCAGUGAAAACGAGAAGUCCGAUGACGAUAGGAAGUCCGAAAGCACCAAGGGCGUCGAGGUCAGGUCCGACGACAACAUUUCGAUCGACGAGUUCGACGUGGAGGCGCAGAUGAAGAAGAUCACCGGAGACGAUGGUAACGAUUACAAGGAGAAGGUCGACACCGGGUCGGAGAAGGAUAAAAGUAUGGACGGAAUAGAAGGUCUGAUGGAAAGCUCGGGAGAGGACUCGGAUUCGGAAGACAAGGACCCGGAAGAUCUGCAGGACUGCGAGGCCCCGUUCGACGUGUUUGAAUCUCACCCUGAAGAGAGGAUAUUUAAAGAGUUCGAGCGCAAGCCAGAGGAGCAGGGAUUCAUGGACGAUCUGGAAGCAAACCCCGAGAAGCAGGAGUUUCCAAGCGAGUUCGAGCACAAACAGGAAGAGCCAGAAUUCCUGAACGAAGUGGAAGCUAAGCCCGAAGACGAGGAAUUCUCGAGCGAGGUCCCUGAGGAGGUGCAGAAGCCCUCGGCGACCGAGCCGCAAAAAGAGGAACCGGUGACGAACGCCCCGACGGUGACCUCCGAAGAGUCCAUCAUGUUCGAAUCGACCUCGUCGAACGUCGACGCCGAGUCCGUGUCCGAGACCCCGAAGAUCUUCCACUCCAUCCCUCCCCUCAGCGAGAGGAUCCGGAAGAAGCCGGAGCAGAUCCAGACCCCGAAGACCCCGUUGGUCUUCGAAGCCGCCAUCAUAGAGUCUACCAUAGAAUUGGAAGAUGGCGAGGCGUCCAAGAACGGGGAAGAGAAGUCCAUGCUCUCGUCAGCCUUGAGGGAACUCUUGGAAGCCAAGAUCGAGGUCGACAGCCAUGAAGAGGAGACUACGAAGAAGGAGAGCGAGCCCGAGGUCAACAGCGAGUCUCCGAUGGACCAAGUCAAUGAGACUCUUCCGAACAACGCCGUCAAGGUCGAGGAGAAUGUCUUCAAGAACACCAGUCGAGUCCUACCGGUCGAGGACAAUGUAGGGAAGGAAAGAGGAAAGGAACCUGCACUUAAGGAGUUUAAAAGGUUGAAGGACCCCAGAACUGUCGUUCCUAGUGACUUGCCGGCACCGAUCGCUACCAAACCUGACGUACCGCCGCCAGUCAAGCGCAAGGUUAGAACGUUAUCGAUAUCGGAGUACCGGAAACGCAAGCAACAGUCCUCUGGCACGCCACCGGAGCCAGAAACCCCGACGAACGACACUUCCUCCUCCGAAAAGGGCGCUCUUCGAGGUAGAUCGGACAGCGCGAGCAGCGGCACGUCGUCCUUGAGCUCCGACGAAGAAACAUCCAAAGUGACCCUGGAUCUACCUAGUUUGACAACUUUACCACUUCUCGUUAAUAACGAGAACGAGGAGAAAAAAGGUGGCGAGGAAGGCACGAUCGGAUGGUCGGCGGCGCCCACGUUGGUAGAACGUCAACGAGAAAAUUUAACGGAGAGGCUCAAACGUGAAUUCGGACUGUUCCUCAGUGACGAUGAAGAGGAGCGGGCCCGGAAGCAAGGUUUAACUGCGGAAGCCAUCCCGAAGGCGCGCAAGAUCUCAUCCCCUCCGCACGCGCCGAUUCCCCCAGGACCCACCCAGCUGUACCCGAUACCGCAGUUGCCGCCACAGCCGUACAUCCCGCCACCAGGAUCUGCCCCUCUGCACUACUCGACGUUCCAAAACAAGCCGGUGCAGUACCCGGCCUUCCCGUUGGGGCAAUCCCCCCAGCAGCCGGUGUACCUGAACGUGGCUCCUCCGCAAGCGAGCUCGAGCAAGCCGGCGCAGCAGCAGUUCCUGGUGCCGCAGGCGCCCCCAGGCUCCAAUCCGUACCCACCCCAGUUCGUGCCGACGUCGCCAGGGGUGCCAGCGACUACGACAAGGUUCCCACCAACGUCUCCGCAGCCAGUCGCACAGAUCUUCCCGCCACCACCUCCUCCGCCGCCACCUCCGCCGCCCCCCUCUUCGGCGACCUCGACCUCUCAAAACCAGAAGCCGUUCUUCAACCACUCGGCGCCUAGGACGUAACUCGCGUAGAGACUAGCUCCGUUGCAAGGUCUUUUAUAAUUAAAGGAAGCCGAGCUCUUCUAGGCCAGGAAGUCCGGGUCUCCCUGGGGGUUUCGAGGGUCUCUCAGGGUCUCCAAACGCCUCGAAAGAGUCGAGAUGUCGGUCGUGGUUGAAACCAGCCAGGCUUCUUCUCGAGGUCGCCAACUUCCCGAGGACUCUGGAACGCAUCCUCAGGGGGUCCAUCCGACGAGAUGGAGACGCACGCCGCGGACCUCGCCAAAUUCCAGGUCGCCGGUAAAUCCGGCUUGCUGGGAAAGAUGUGCCCUCGGUAUCGAAGAGGCUCGCAGUCCUCAAUUUCGGGAGUGCAACGCGGAUUCGACGUGGCCUAAGACGUCGUUUGGGAUGGUCGCUACGAGCACGCGUACUUCCGGGUCUGAUCCUGGUUAAAUCGGCCGUUGGCGGUUCCAAGGGACGCUCUUUUUAUACCGCGGUCGUCGUAUGGUGCCCCUAACGCGUUAAACGUCUAGCUUUAGUUGAAUUUUGAUAUAUAAGAACGAAAUGUGAACGGGGAACGGUCCCUGACUCGGUCCUCCAGAGUUCCACUAUACAUAUAUAUAUACACACAGAAAUAUAUAUAUAUAUAUAUAUAUACAUCGCGUACAAUGUGCAUGGUCGAACCUGCGUUGUCCAUCCCGUCUCUGUAAAUACUAUUUGCAUAUAUGCAUAAUGUAAUAGUACACGAAGUUAUGUAUUUAACCAUAGUUGCUGUAGGACGAUAUCGAUAGGAUGGUUCCGUACGUGACGUAGAUAAAAGGAUGAUGUCGCGCUCUGUCUAAAGGACGGCGCACCCAUCGCGCCGGGACUCCCGAUAUAUUUUAUAUCUCAUUGUAAAAUGCCCGACGAUUAGUUAUGUAAUAAAUGGUACACGUUGACACUUCGUUUGGUCGCUCCGAAUCGGGCAAGCGAUCGGGCAGGGGAGUCGUUUGUUUCGGGCGUUGUUUUCUGCGCGGAAGCUCGCCGUGGGGGAACGAAUCAAAAGGGAAUUAUGGAAUGUUUUCGGGAACUCUUAGAGACCGCGAAGACUCAACGAUUUAAAUUAAACGUGUUCUAUUUCUUAAACGGCGCUUCUACUCGCUCGACCCGGCGCGGACGUUCUCGAGAGAGGCGAUUUACAGCUCUCGAGAGAGAGAUACCGGCGUUCGGUGAAAGUUAAACUCCCUUUAUCGGCGAGCCGGCGAGUCGAGGCAUUUUUUUUUCUUUUUUACAUUGAGGGUAAAAACUGGGAUUUUAAUUUUUCUGUAACGGAAAGGACCGGCGCUCGUCCCUGAAGGGGUCGAUGGCUCGACUAUCCGUGUCGGUUCUCGACGACGAUUUUCAUCGUGCGUGCAAGUUUUCUUUACGAAGUGCGGAAGUUGGACUUUUUUAUUUUGCAUAAUUAAGUAGAGGAUAUACGAGAAGCUCUAUAUAU